UGUAACAUCACCGUCAAUCUCAUAAAAAUGACACUGGUAUGUAAGUGUUAGUAUCAUUUAUCAGCCUAAGUCUUUUUUUUUUCCCUCUUCUUUGAGGCGACCGUUGAAGCCUUCAAAAUACCGUUAAAACCAUACAGUGAACUUUCUUCACUGGCUUCUUCUCAUGCCUAAUUAUGUUGUUCCUCGUUGCUAUAUCUCAAGAUCUUUAAUUGGUUUAGCAAGAUUCUUCAGAGUAGCUAGCCCCACUUGCUAUUCAAUUCUAUCUGAGCACCUAAAGAACCAACGAAUUGAUGAAGCUAAAGAGCUUUUUGAAAGAAUCCCAUCUCCAAAUAUCUAUUUAUGCACCAAAAUGAUAGCUGGGUAUGCUGAAAAUCUAAGGUUGAAUGAGGCACUGCAGCUGUUUGACAAAAUGCCUGUAAAAGAUACGGUUAUGUGGAACUUGAUGAUCAAAGGGUGUGUAGACUGUGGGAAUAUGGACAUGGGUUUGAAGCUAUUUGAGGAAAUGACCCAAAGAAAUGUAAGUUCUUACACAACAAUGAUAAGCGGGUUUUUGAAGUUUGGAAAGGUUAAAGAGGCUGAGAGUUUGUUUUCGGAGAUGCCACAAAGGGAUGUGGCUGCUUGGAAUGUUAUGAUCUAUGGGUAUUUUGAGAACGGAAGAGUUGAGGAGGCUGUUAAGUUGUUUGAGCUGAUGCCUUAUAGGAAUGUGAUUUCGUGGACGUCGGUUAUUAGUGGGCUUGAUCAAUAUGGGAGGAGUGAUGAGGCUCUGUUGAUUUUUAAGAAGAUGCUAGAUUUCUUCAUUGAACCUACUUCUAGUACUUUUGCUUCUGUUAUUACAGCUUGUGCUAAUGCAAGGGAUUUAGGUCUAGGUAGUGAAAUUCAUGCCUGUGUUGUGAAGCUUGGUUAUCUAUAUGAUACUUAUGUCACUGCUUCACUAAUCACAUUGUAUGCUAAUUGUAUGCACAUGGAUGAUUCUUCUAAAGUAUUCAGUGAGAGGUUGCAUAUAAAUAUAGUUGUAUGGACGUCUCUUUUGACAGGGUAUGGUUUGAAUUAUAAGCACAAAGAAGCAUUGAAAGUGUUUGGGGACAUGAUUAGGAUUGGUCUACUUCCGAAUCAGUCUUCCUUCACUAGUGCCCUAAAUUCAUCCUGUGAAAUGGAGUCUAUUGAUCUUGGCAAAGAGAUUCAUGGUGUAGCAGUCAAACUAGGAUUGAACACUGAUGCCUUUGUUGGCAAUUCUCUAGUUGUAUUGUAUUCAAAAUGUGGAAAUAUAGACGAUGGACUCAUUGCAUUCAAGGAGAUUCCCGAAAAAAACAUAGUUUCAUGGAACUCAAUCAUCGUUGGAUGUGCACAACAUGGAUUUGGUAAUUGGGCACUCACAUUGUUCGCCCAGAUGGUUCGUUCAAGGGCUGAUAUGGAUGAUAUUACAUUUACUGGGUUACUUGCUGCUUGUAGCCAUUCUGGCAUGCUAGAGAAAGGAAGACGCUUAUUUCAAUAUAUCCCCCAAAGUUCAUCCAUUGAAGUGACACUUGAGCAUUAUAGUUGUAUGGUAGAUAUUCUUUGCAGAAGUGGGAAGUUAAAUGAAGCAGAGGAUUUGGUGAAAAGCAUGCCCAUGAGACCAAAUUUGUCAAUAUGGUUAGCUUUGCUUAGUGGUUGUAAGAACCAUUUAAACUUAGAACUGGCCGAAAGAGCUGCAGAAAACGUUUUUCAUCUUGACCCAAGCUGUAGUGCUGCUUAUGUUUUGCUAUCUAACAUUUAUGCCUUCUCUGGUAGAUGGACUGAUGUAGCAAGAGUUAGAGGAAAUAUGAGAAGAAGAGGAAACACAAAACAACCAGGAUGCAGUUGGGUUAAUCAGCAGGGAAUCCGGCAUACAUUUCUUUCUGGUGAUACUUCACAUCCUCUAAGUGAUGGGAUAUACGAAAAGCUGGAAUGGUUGAUGGAAAAGUUGAAGGAAUAUGGUUAUGUCCCUGAUCAAAGAUAUGCAUUGCAUGACGUAGAGGAUGAACAGAAGGAAGUUCUGUUGUCAUAUCAUAGUGAGAGGCUGGCUAUUUGCUUUGCAUUAAUUACAACUCAUGGUAGUGCUAUAACAGUAAUGAAGAACCUGCGUGUCUGUGGGGACUGUCAUUCUGCCAUCAAGCUCAUAGCAAAAAUUGUUGAUCGUGAAAUCAUAGUAAGAGAUUCUAGCCGCUUUCAUCACUUCAGGGAUGGCUUUUGUUCUUGUUCAGAUUAUUGGUAGCAUUAUCCUUUUGAUAAUCACUGUGGAAAUGGUUAGCGGAGUCUGGUAAUUAGUUCACCAGAAGCAGGACCACAUUUAAUUUUAGGAAACUGCCAGAGUUGUAUUGGGCCAACACUCUGAAAUGCUUUGCACCAAUAUAGUAGGGUCCUCUUGUUCAUGCUACCCGUGAAGAAAUCAGAUAUUGGCAUCCUCUGCUUCAUAUGUCUAGCAGCUGAUCUUAAAGCCAUGUCUAAAAUGUUUCUGAUACUGUCCUAUGAUUGACCAAAUAUACUUGAAGUCAAGGCAACCACUACAGACUAAUAAGCUCAUGUCAAUCUUGUAGAUUUACUAUUAUUAGAGUUAGAAUUAUUCGUCAGCGGCUGGUACUUAAUUGUGCAGUAGAUGAAGUUCCCAAGUUAUUUAGCUAGGAUCAGCAAAUAGAGACCCGUGGUUUAUUCUGCAUUAAUCAGCAUAGGAAGAUUCCAUCGACAGAUCUUUCCAACAGCGAUCAGAUAGAGAGAUAUAUUUCAUUAUUGGAGCUUAAGUCAUAGAAAUCUUGCUCUCUGUGAGGGGGUUGGGGGAGGUAUUAGAAAGUCGUCUAAUAUAGAAUAUGCCAAUAAUGUUCCUGCCAUUGCAAACAGGAAAUACUCAAUACACUUGUAAGAAAUUUUAUCACAAAUUUUGGAAACGGCUGGUAGUUGUUUGAUUCCUGCCUCAGCCUUAAGAUACUUGAAUCAUACCUGCAUGGCUGCUGACACAAAAGAGACUCUCACUUGAAAUAUAUUGGAGCUGUUAUCUGCUUAGCAUUGAAUAUAAGGCCUUGAUCCAUCAGCAUUGCUAUAGCUGAUGUUGUCUUCGUGUUGUUACUGCUGAAAACCUUCCAAUUUCCCAUCAACCUCAGACUUUUAUCCAUGAACUCACAUCCCCAGUUCUCCUGAUUGAAAAGUCCUAUGUGCAGUGAUAUACUUUUUUUUUUGUUGUAAAUAGAAUUUGAUCAAUGAUGCAAAGUCUGCUGAUUUGAUGUGAAAGUGGAUCUGUCUGUAAUAUUCAA